AUGACUGUUAAUGAGUACAUUGAUAAAUUCGGGCAGCUGAUGGAAUAUGCCAAUUUUGAUCGGAACAUCUAUGACGAGGAAUGGCAAGUGGAGAAAUUUGAAAGUGGACUGCACCCAGAGAUCCGCAAGCUCAUGCUGAUUACAGCUAAUCGUACUCUGCCUGAAUUGAUUAAUCAGAGUCGGCAAGCGGAGGAAAUUAUCAAUGAAGCAAGGAAUCUGUCUAAACAGCCGAUGCAAUCUCAGGGAGGAAGUAAAGUUGGCCGGUUCUUCAGGAGGAUCACCGAAAUGAAUAGGGGCAAGGUCUUUCGACAUGGAAGCAAUUCAUGCUAUAGGUGUGGUCAACCAGGACAUUUUGCUUCUGAUUGCCAACGGAAUGCUAACCAGCCUCCUACUCAAGCUCGGGUGUUCACCCUUGAUGCAAAUGAAGCUCAGAAGUACCCUAAUCUGAUUCGAGGUAAUGUAAUUUUGAAUGGCUAUCCAAUAUCUGUUAUCUUUGAUUCUGGAGCAUCAGGUUCUUUUAUGGCGAAACACAAUGCUAUGAGAAUAAGCAUCACCCCAGCUCCGUUACCUUAUGAGUUACAAAUCAGUACUCCUACUGGAGGAUCUUGUACUGCAUCAGAAAUCUACAGAGGGGUUAUUUUGCAAUUUAAAGGAAACACUUAUACAAUGAACUUAGUGGUUCUACUGGUAUUCAAUUUUGAGGUGAUUAUCGGGGUGGACUGGUUGACGGAGAAUGGAAUAACAUUGGACUGUCCAGCAGGGAAAGUCAUAGUUCCUUCGAAAGAUGUUGACAACCAAAUUCAGAAUGUUCCUGUUGUGAACGAAUUCGAGGAGGUGUUCCCAGAUGAAAUUCCUCGAUUACCUCUUCAUCGGGAAAUUGAAUUUCCCAUUGAACUUAUUCCUGGAGUUGGACCUAUUUCCAUUGCUCUGUAUCGUAUGGCACCUUUAGAACUUCGGGAGCUGAAGAAGCAGAUAGAAGAGCUGCUGUCCAAAGAAUUCAUCAGACCCAGUACCUCUCCAUGGGGUGCUCAAGCAAUUCUGAUUAAGAAGAAGGAUGGCAGUCUGCGUUUGUGUGUGGAUUACCGUCAACUGAACAAAGUGAUAGUGAAGAAUAACGUUCACAAAAGUCUGAAGUACUUGUUCGAUCAGAAGGAGUUAAACAUGAGGCAACGGCGGUGGAUGGAAUUUUUGAAAGACUAUGAGUUUGAACUUAAAUACCACCCAGGUAAGGCAAAUGUGGUAGCUGACGCUUUGAGUCGGAAGACUCUGCACACUGCAACUCUGAUGGUUGAAGAACUUAAACUGUUUGAGGCUUUUCGAGAUAUGAAUUUGUCAGUUGUCAGAAGAAGGCGUAGUAUAAGGUUGGGCAGCGUGAGAAUAGAGAAUGAGUUACUCCGUAGAAUUAAGAAGGCUCAAAGAGAUGAGGAACUAGUCCAUAAUUUGGCUGGUAUCCAAGAUGUAGUAUGGAAUGAGAAUUAA